AAAAGAAUAACUUUAAGAAACCGAAAAAACCCGACUAAACGGGCACAAACGUCCAUGACCUUUUUAAUGCUUUGGUGGAAACAAAACACACUGGACCCAUCCUUUCUUUGUUUGCCCGCUGGUUGGCUCAAGGUGCCAAUGAGUAUACGAAUUCUUUCGUGUAAAACUUUCCGUGAUUCACAUUCUGACUAUUGGAAGAAUUGAAAAUACAACACGCAUGGGAUUCCGCAGUUCUCGCCGCCAACAAAAGUGAUGCUCGAACUGAAUCCAGAACGAAUCGGUCGCAUUACAGGACGUGAGAAGAGCGACUUCUGAUCCCGACAGACCUAUUUUCGACAAUAUCGUCAACCGCCUAGAUAUCACUGCCACCACUUGAAUUUGUGCACGCAAAAGGUAAGCCGCCAGGCCCUAGCGAUUUGCCCAAAACAAUCCCGCGCCGAGGGCUUUCCGGCGCUCCGUUUUUUCAGGCGCCCGACUGCCGCCGCCCGCCGCACAGGGCCCACAGGCACGACGGCGGGGGCGCGCCGCCAUUCGCGACGGCCGGUCGGUUCAUGGGGCUGCGCGAAUCGGGCCGCGGCCCCUUAUUGGCUUGCGGCGGAGGCCGAACGAAGCCGCCCUUCCGCGGCCGCCCCGGACAAUUUCCGUGGCGCCGGCCUUUUCGUUUCCCUGGAGGUCGUGCAUGUGUGCACUUUCGGGGGCUUUGUGGCGCCCGUUUUGCUGGCCGAAAGUCCGUAGUUAGCUGCUUACCACCAAAAUCCACAGCAUGCGUUUUUUUUCGCGCCAGCGUGUCCGAGCAUGCACCCAGGGAAACGGUGCCGGGCGCCUCCUCCGGACGCUUUGGGGCUUGCUGCUUCGAAGGGGCAUCGAGAUGAUUUGGCGCAUGGCCCAAGGCCAGGCCUUCUGUUUGUUUCUGAGAGUCCUCGCGCGCUUAACGUGGGAGACCCAAUGGCCCAUCUGGUGGUGGAUUGCCUCGCUGUAUUGGAAGAUCUCGAAGGGGGAUGGCGCCCCUCGGCCCUUUUUGCCCCCCUCGUCCCUUGCGUUUCGCGCAAAUAUGCGACCAGCUACUCCAGCCCGGAAGUGAUCUCUGUGCGUGGCUAUGAUGUGGCGUAGGACCAACAUGUCUGCGGAGCAGUCGCCCUGCUUCGAGACGAGGCAACAGCGCAGCAGGGUCUUCGCCAGCGCCGUGCCCUUGAUCAAGUAUGUCGAGGCGAUGCAGCGAAGGCUUCGCCGCCGGAAAAGGCCGAAAGACCUACAAGCAUGGGCGCGCACUAAUGUCUCAAAAAGUAGGCCCCUAGUUUUUGUGCGCCACUAGCUAGCUAACUUAACUGAUUAGCUCGCGCAUUGAAGUCGGGGACUAUCCUCCUUGGAGAGCCGCUGGCGGAUGCCGUCCGGGCAGGUUGCGGGGCCGGUUAUCAUGAAGCUCCGCCAGUGCGUUAAAAUUUUUUCUCUUUGUGGAAAUCCGGGGUAGUGUGGACAGUUUUCGCCAACGUAUAGAUAUCACUGCCACCACUUGAAUUUGUGCACGCAUCAAGAAAAGUUGUAAGUCUGCCCCGGUAAACCCUCCGUCUUCAUCUCCCGCGGACGAAGUAGGCGCAGCUACUUCUUCUAUUGACGACUUGAAAAACGACCAGCAGAAGAUCAAUAGUUUGUUUCGAAACAAUAAAGAUCAUGCAUUUAACAAGCGGGGCAGGCCGUUGGCCUCGCCCAACCUCAACACUGUGGACGACAAGCCCACUGCUUCUGCUAAUUCAUCUUCGUCUUCAGCUGUGCCUCCAGGCAAGCCAGCUCCAGCAUGGGGUGCCAACGCUAACAAGGGACAAAAGCAUGCCCACCACAAACUUCCGGAUCCUUCUUCUCAGAAAAACCAUAAGGGUGGGGGAAAGAAUCUGAACCAGAAAGAAGUGAUUGCUACCUCUGCCCCUGCUUCUGGACCUGCCUUCCAUACUCCACGCGGAGAAACUGUUACCCCUAUCCACAACAACCAGCAUCAUCAUCAACCAAAAGGCAAAAACCAGCAAGGAGGCGGUAACCGCUUGGGUCAGGG